AUCAACAAGCCCGAGAAGCUGGACAAACCAGAGAGCUGCGACAAUGUCAAGGUGGUUGUUCGAUGCAGGCCUCUUAAUGAGCGAGAGAAAGCUACGGGCUACAAAAUGGCAGUCAACGUAGAUGAAAUGAGAGGAACUAUAACUGUUCAUAAAACAGACUCAUCCAACGAGCCUCCCAAGACAUUCACAUUUGACACCGUGUUUGGGCCAGAGAGUAAACAGCUGGAUGUCUAUAACUUAACUGCAAGACCUAUUAUUGACUCUGUCCUAGAAGGGUACAAUGGUACUAUUUUUGCAUAUGGGCAGACUGGAACAGGCAAAACUUUCACCAUGGAAGGGGUCCGGGCAGUUCCUGAGCUUAGAGGCAUCAUUCCCAACUCCUUUGCCCAUAUAUUUGGUCACAUUGCCAAGGCAGAGGGGGAUACAAGGUUUUUGGUUCGUGUGUCUUACCUGGAAAUUUACAAUGAAGAAGUGCGGGACCUGCUAGGAAAAGACCAGACACAGAGAUUAGAGGUUAAAGAGAGACCUGAUGUGGGAGUUUAUAUCAAAGACCUUUCAGCUUAUGUCGUAAACAAUGCAGAUGAUAUGGACAGAAUCAUGACUCUGGGCCACAAGAACCGUUCUGUUGGUGCCACCAACAUGAACGAGCACAGCUCUCGUUCGCAUGCCAUCUUCACCAUCACUAUUGAGUGCAGUGAGAAGGGGGUUGAUGGAAACAUGCACGUGCGCAUGGGCAAACUGCAUCUCGUCGAUCUCGCUGGUUCUGAAAGACAGGCGAAAACUGGAGCCACGGGGCAGCGACUGAAGGAAGCUACGAAGAUCAACCUCUCUCUUUCCACACUGGGGAACGUUAUCUCUGCACUGGUGGAUGGCAAGAGCACCCACGUGCCCUACCGUAACUCCAAACUUACACGGCUCCUUCAGGAUUCUCUGGGGGGCAACUCCAAAACCAUGAUGUGUGCAAACAUCGGACCUGCAGACUACAACUACGAUGAGACGAUCAGCACUCUCAGGUACGCCAACCGAGCCAAGAACAUAAAGAACAAGGCCAGGAUUAACGAAGAUCCCAAGGACGCUUUGCUCCGCCAGUUUCAAAAAGAAAUUGAAGAGCUUAAGAAAAAACUGGAAGAAGGGGAAGAGAUAUCUGGUUCCGAGACCAGUGAUUCUGAAGAGGAGGAUGAAGAUGACGAUGGAGAGGUUGGAGAGGAUGGGGAGAAGCGGAAGAAACGGCGGGGCAGUAGCAGCAGCAGUAGUUCAGACUCCACAUGCUCUGUCAUAGAGAAACCUCUGGAUAAGUCCUUCACUAACCAAGCAGGCAAGAAGAAAGUUUCCCCUGAUAAGAUGGUAGAGAUGCAAGCCAAGAUUGAAGAGGAGAGAAAAGCCCUUGAAACUAAACUUGAUAUGGAAGAAGAAGAAAGAAAUAAAGCCAGAGCUGAACUGGAGAAGAGAGAAAAAGACUUGCUUAAAGCUCAGCAAGAGCACCAGUCCCUCUUAGAGAAACUGUCUGCAUUGGAGAAGAAGGUGAUUGUGGGAGGAGUGGACUUGCUGGCAAAAGCAGAGGAGCAAGAGAAGCUUCUAGAAGAAUCAAAUAUGGAACUGGAAGAACGCAGGAAGAGAGCAGAACAGCUUCGCAAGGAGCUUGAGGAGAAGGAGCAAGAACGCUUGGACAUCGAGGAGAAGUACACCAGCCUUCAGGAAGAAGCACAGGGGAAAACCAAAAAGCUGAAGAAAGUUUGGACCAUGCUUAUGGCUGCAAAAUCCGAGAUGGCAGAUUUGCAACAAGAGCAUCAGAGAGAGAUUGAGGGAUUACUAGAGAAUAUUCGACAGCUGAGCAGGGAGCUUCGUCUUCAGAUGCUUAUCAUAGACAACUUCAUUCCUCAGGACUACCAGGAAAUGAUUGAAAACUACGUUCACUGGAACGAAGACAUUGGAGAAUGGCAACUGAAAUGUGUUGCAUACACAGGCAACAACAUGAGGAAACAGACGCCUGUCCUGGAUAAAAAAGAAAAAGAUCCCUUUGAGGUGGACCUUUCCCAUGUUUACCUAGCUUACACUGAAGAAAGCUUAAGGCAAUCUCUGAUGAAGCUGGAGAGGCCGAGGACUUCAAAAGGAAGAUCCAGGCCCAAGACGGGUAGAAGAAAACGUUCGGCAAAGCCAGGAGCCGUCAUUGACUCUCUGCUGCAGUAG